AUGUGCGAGCGCAGCAGCCUCUGCCGGCCGGGCUGCGUGGGCUCGCUGCUGAACCUGCCCUCUGCCGCCACCGAGGCCUUCUAUUUCCCCAGCUUGGGGGCCGGCGGGAGCCAUCCUCUGGCGGCCUCUCUGCCCAGCUUCUCCUACCAGCCGCGGGGCUCCCUUGCGUGGAGCUGCGCCAGCUCGCGUCCUGCUCAGCCCGCCGGCCAGGCGUUCGGCAGCGGCAGCGGCGCCUCCUCCUCGCAGCCUCCGCCUUACCUGGCCGCCGUGGCAGGCUCCCUUCCUCUCGGCCUCCACUCUGCCAGCAGCAGCAGCCACAGCAGCAGCCACCACCACAAGUUCUACGCCCACGAAGGGGCUUCCAGGCAGGAGGAGAGAGGCAGGCCCAGCCGGGAAGCCGCUUCGGCCAGUGGCCCCGCAGUGGCCGCAGUCGCGGGGCUGCUGGGCCAGGCCAAGGCGCUCAAGUUCGCGCCCCCGCGCGGGUUGCAGGGCGCAGCCGCAGCUGCUCUUUUGGAAGCGGAUCUUGGCGCCUCGGGCGGCUUGAAGGAGGACCUCGAGCAGGCCAUCAACUUGAACCUGACACUGCAGCCCGCAGCGGCCCAGCCCAGCCUCAGAGCUUCCCUGCAGGAUGGUUUGCCUUGGUGUCCCACCCAAGGGAGAUCGAGGAAGAAGCGGAAGCCUUACACGAAACAGCAGAUUGCCGAGCUGGAAAGCGAAUUUCUUCUCAACGAGUUUAUUAACCGACAGAAGAGAAAAGAGCUGUCCAACAGACUGAAUCUGAGCGACCAGCAAGUGAAAAUCUGGUUCCAGAACCGGAGGAUGAAAAAGAAGCGCGUCGUGAUGCGCGAACAGGCGCUGUGCCUCUACUAG